AUGGUGGGCUUCUCCUCCGCCGCGAUAACGUCGAACUGUGACGACAUCUCCCAUCGAGCAGUCUCUACGUCAGCCGAGCUGGACAGCUUGCUCAAAGCCAUUAAUCCUGGGAGCAUUGCAGCCCAGCAUCUAAUAUCAUUCUCAGCCAAGCUCGACCAGUUCAGAGACACUGCGGAACGACUCCGGAAGUAUCUCGAUGGCGCAUCAGCUAUCUCGCCUGGUCUGCGAAAUGCCCUAGUCAUCUCUGUGCAGCCUUGCGCAGACGCAGCGGCAGUCGUAGACAAGCAAAUUCGCAGACUCGACCCGGGAAAUGUGACGGGACUCAAUGCCGACGUGAUCUUACAAUUUGAGAGCUAUCAUAUGGCGAAUACCCGUCUCUUCACACAGUACAUUCAAGUGGUUCAGAUGCCCACGGUCGUUCAGCAGGACUCAAGGCUCUCGGCACCGGACGGACACCGAUUGUUGGAAACGGCUGUGGAAACAUCACAGAUCGUCCUCACUCGCAGCGACAUUCUUCAAGCCACGGAAGAACCCAGCAGCUUGGAAAUUAGCAGCGCAGGAAUCGCAGAAGAGUCGGAGGAAACUCCGACGGAUGCACCACUACCAGACUAUGCCUCAGACAAACCCAGCAAGGGCAAGAGCAAAGCAACCGGCCAAUUCUUCUCGUCAAUUUCGAGCUCUUUCAAGGCAAUGACAGCCGGCUUACGAGCCAGGCCAGAGCCGAUGGUAAUCGCCAUGUGCCAAGCUGCCAAGAGCGGUGACGUGGGACAUCUCAAGGGCUUCGUCUCGCAAGGAGUCAACAUCAAUGGCCAGAACGACGAAGGGUAUACACCGCUUAUUUGUGCCAUUCGUGCUAAUCAAAUCGAAGCUGUUGGUUUCCUCAUCAAAGCUGGAGCCGAUCGAUCGAGCAAAGACUCUUUUAGCGGCAAGAAGAAGCCGCCUCUGUUUCACGCCGCAGAAUGUGGCUUUGUGCCCAUCGCCGAGUUGCUCAUGAACAACGGGGCAGAUAUCAAGGAGCGUUCCUGGUCCGGACAGCCAUUCUUCAUCGAGGUUGCCAACAGUGACAAACUGGACAUCAUCAGGCUUUUCUUGGACCGGGGAUGCGAUGCUAACACUAGCGCUAUCAGUGGACGCACUAUUUUCAUCCACGCUGUUCAGGCUGGGAGCCUUCCACACAUGAAGCUUCUGCAGGAGUUCGGCGCCGACAUGAACGCCCGUGACAUCACUGGCCAACCAGCACUCCAUAUGGCUUUGGGGCAAAACCGCAUGGACAUCGUCUCUUUCCUCCUGGAGCAUGGUGCGGACCCUAAUGUGAUGGAUCUGACUGGCAGCACCAUGAUAAUCUCCGCGUUGCACAAGAAGAAAUACGAGCUCGUCAAAAUGCUUCUAGUCAGGGGUGCCGAUCCGAACACCACGGGCCUAAUGGGCAAGGGUGUUCUCUGGACAAUGUUGCAAAGCAAAGACAUGGAGGAUGCCAUCAAGGUGGACCUUGUUCGCUCACUUCUCCAAAGAGGUGCGAACCCCAACGAGGUUGACAAUUGGGGAGAAUCCAUCAUGAGCCUGGUCAUCACGCUGGGAAACACUGAGCUUCUUCGAACAUUUCUUACGCACGGCGGGAACCCAAACAAGAAGAUCAAGGACGAUACGUUCCUUCUUUAUGCCAUCAACCAGGGAAGGCUUGAGGAUGCGAAGCUCCUCUUGACACACGGCGCCGACGCAAAUGCGGCUGAUAACAAGGGCAGAACGCCCCUCAUUGAGGCUCUGCAAUCAGAAAACCAUACUUUGGUGCAAACACUGCUUACUUUCGGCGCGGACGUCAACAAGAUGGGGAAUAUUAAGCCACUUACGUUGGCACGCCUGGUCCAAAAGCCGGAACUCGUUCAGAUGCUGACGGAACGAGGGGCUCAAGCUCCUAUGCCCCCAAAGGUAGAACUUGCACCGCCUACACUGACGGCAACGCUGGUCGGCAUCGGGGAGGGCAGAGAUGCCUCCACCAUAUACGGAAGCAAGCGUUCCUGA